AUGGCUUCUAAAGCUGAAUCAACCAAUCAUGAAGAAGAUGAGGAUUGGUCGAAAUUACCUGUUGAACAUCCAAGAAAAUUAAUACCAGAAUUAUGUCGUUUAUUCUAUCAACUUGGAUGGGUUACAGGCACUGGUGGAGGUAUAUCAUUAAAGCAUAAAGAUUUAAUUUAUUUAGCUCCAAGUGGUGUACAAAAAGAACGUAUUGAAUCCGAACAUUUAUUUGUACAAACACUUCAAGGUGAUACGAUUGAAGAACCACCUAAAGAACUUCGUCUUACACGUAGUCAAUGUACACCAUUAUUUUAUGCAGCAUUUGAACUUCGUAAUGCCGGUGCUUGUAUUCAUACACAUUCUCGUGCAGCUGUUAUGGUUACAUUAUUAUGUGAUGGACAACAUGAAUUUCGUAUAACACAUCAAGAAAUGAUAAAAGGUAUUAAAAAAGGUUCAACUGAAAAAGAAUAUUAUCGAUAUAAUGAUACAUUAGUUGUACCAAUUAUUGAAAAUACUUGUGAAGAAAGGGAUUUAACAAGUUCAUUACGUUGUGCAAUGGAAAAAUAUCCAGAUACUUGUGCUAUACUUGUUCGAAGACAUGGUGUUUAUGUUUGGGGUGAUACAUGGCAAAAAGCUAAAACAAUGUGUGAAUGUUAUGAUUAUCUUUUUGAAAUAGCUGUUACUAUGUGUUUACAUGGUUUUGAUCAAGCAAAAAAGCCUGAACCAUAUAAUAGUCCAUUUAUUUAA